GAACAUAAAUCGCAGAAUGUUUAAAAUUAUUCGAAGAAAUAAUUUGUCUACGGAAAAGAUCAGAUCAUUCAGCAACUUCGUAAAAGUAGUCGAAGUCGGUCCUCGAGAUGGACUGCAAAAUGAGAAAAACAUAGUGCCGACUAAAGUUAAAAUUGAACUCAUCGAUAAACUAACGGAAAGUGGUUUAAGAACCAUAGAAGCGACCAGUUUUGUCUCUCCAAAAUGGGUUCCACAAAUGUCGGACAACGCUCAAGUUUAUCAGAAUAUUAAUAAAAAGCCGAACGUUUCAUAUCCCGUUCUGGUACCGAAUGCAAAAGGCUUAGACGAUGCCCUAAAAGUCGGCGUAAAGGAGAUAGCUAUAUUCAGCGCCGCAUCUGAGGCGUUUUCGAAAAAAAAUACUAACUGUUCCAUCGACGCUGCCGUGGAAAAAGCCAAAUUGGUUAUCGAGGAAGCGUUGAAGCACGAUAUCAAAGUCAGAGGAUACAUAUCCUGUGUCGUUGGUUGCCCUUAUGAGGGUGAAAUUAAGUCGACGAUCGUUGCCAAUUUAGCAGCGGCUUUACUGCAAUACGGAUGUUAUGAGAUCUCUCUGGGAGACACUAUAGGUGUGGGAUCGCCUAACAAAAUAAACAAUUUGUUACACGACUUGGAGAAUGUGUCUAGCGAUAUGAAAAAAUUCGCGCUUCACUGUCACGACACUUAUGGCCAGGGUUUAGUUAACGUUUACGCAGGACUCGAACGCGGCAUACGAGUUUUCGACUCGUCCGUAGCCGGACUCGGAGGUUGUCCAUACGCGAAUGGAGCUACCGGGAAUAUCGCUACUGAAGACUUGCUUUAUCUCUUACACGGGCAAGGAUUAGAAACCGGAGUAGAUCUUAAUGAAAUAGUUAAAAUAGGAGAGUUCAUCUGUAGUCAACUUCAACGGAGAAAUCAGUCUAAAGCGGGUGUCGCGAUUCUCUCUAAAAACAAUUAAAAAAAAUGUUCGUUAUUCCAAUUUUAUUUUUUUCUUAUUUUCGAAUUAAGAAACGAAUAUGAA